AUGUCGUUCCUCUCGGAAAAGUUCGUCCGCCUCGCGGUCCCCGCCUCGCGCCUGGCCGCCGUCCGCACCGCCGCCGCCGCCCCGCGCGCCUUCACCACGUCUGCCGCCGUGCGGAAAUCGCCCACCGAGACGGUCAAGGAUGGGCUCAAGGCCGUGGACAGGACUGUCAGCGACAAUGUCGUGAUCCCUGGGCUCGACGCGGCUGCAAAAGCAAAGGACGUCGCGCAGAACAUGACCAAGGGUGACGCCAAGGGGAAGGCACAGGAGAUGAAGGGCAAGGCGCAAGAGAUGAAGGGUCAGGUCAAGGGCGCUGCGCACGAGACGGCUGGAAAGGCAAAGGGCGCGGCCGAGGAAGCCAAGCGCAAGCUGUAG